AUGGACGAGAAUCCCUUGGUAGGAGAACCCGGGUCGUUCAUCCUGUCCAAAUCCGGGGACGCCGACCGACUCGCGGCGCCGAAGCCAUCGUCGAACAUCAGCCGUCCAAGUAGUGUACCGGGGAGAGCUGCGACUCCACAAGUCAAGGUCGACACGCCGGGGAAGGUUCCUGAUAAGGGCACCCCGGGGGCGACGGGCUCGGAGGAGACUAGUAAAAUGCGGAAGAAGAAGGCCAGAGCCGGUAGUUGA